CGAGGAGCCGCCAGCGCCCCCGCCCCGCCGCCGCCGCCGCCGCCGCCGCAGCGCCCUCGGCCGCCAUUCGGCACCCGAAACUUUCCAGCGCCCGCGCCUCUCGGGGACUCGCGGCGGCGGGGCGGGGGCGGCCCGGGGGCGGCGCGAGGCUGCUCCGGGGCGCCGGGCCCUCCUCGGCCGCGGCACGGCCCGGGCUCGGCGACGGCCGGCGGCAGGGAGGCUCGGAGCGCGGCGGCGCCGCCACAAGUUGCGCUGCUGGCGGCGAGGUAACCAAAGACAGAAAACAGGCCUAAAAGUAAACCCUCGGAGGAAGAAGGGAUUUGCCAACACUUGGUCUGAGUCCUGGCGGACAGUUGGCAGUGUGUCUGAUCGGAUGCUGAGGAGCUCACUGGUCCUGAGGUCUACACAUGAAGUCACCGUAAAGAGGGCGGCUCCCGCAUCGUAAAGACCUCGUCUCCGCGAGGUGAGGCUAAGAUGAGCAUAACCAGCGACGAGGUGAACUUCCUGGUGUACCGCUACCUCCAGGAGUCAGGUUUUUCCCACUCGGCGUUCACGUUCGGUAUCGAGAGCCACAUCAGCCAGUCCAACAUCAAUGGGACACUAGUGCCGCCAGCCGCCCUCAUCUCCAUCCUGCAGAAGGGACUUCAGUAUGUGGAGGCCGAGAUCAGCAUCAACGAGGACGGCACAGUGUUCGACGGCCGCCCCAUAGAGUCCCUGUCCCUGAUCGACGCGGUGAUGCCUGACGUGGUACAGACGCGGCAGCAGGCCUUCCGGGAGAAGCUCGCUCAGCAGCAGGCCAGUGCGGCGGCCGCGGCGGCGGCAGCAGCGGCGACAGCCACCACAGCCCCGGCGGCCCCGGCAGCCGUUGCUCAGCAACACCCACCAAAGAACGGCGAGGCCACGGUGAACGGGGAGGAGAACGGAGCCCACGCGAUAAAUAAUCAUUCGAAACCAAUGGAAAUAGACGGGGACGUUGAGAUUCCACCCAACAAAGCCACAGUCCUUCGGGGCCAUGAGUCUGAGGUGUUCAUUUGUGCCUGGAACCCGGUCAGCGAUCUCCUGGCUUCAGGAUCUGGAGACUCGACGGCCAGGAUAUGGAACCUUAAUGAAAACAGCAACGGGGGCUCCACGCAGCUCGUGCUGAGGCACUGUAUACGAGAGGGGGGCCACGACGUCCCCAGUAAUAAAGACGUGACCUCCCUGGACUGGAAUAGCGACGGGACGCUGUUGGCUACAGGCUCAUACGACGGUUUUGCCAGAAUAUGGACGGAAGACGGCAACCUGGCCAGCACCUUAGGGCAACAUAAAGGCCCCAUCUUUGCCUUGAAAUGGAACAAAAAGGGGAAUUACAUUUUGAGUGCUGGUGUAGACAAAACCACGAUAAUCUGGGACGCCCACACAGGAGAAGCCAAACAGCAGUUUCCGUUUCAUUCCGCGCCCGCUCUCGAUGUCGACUGGCAGAGCAACACUACCUUUGCCUCCUGCAGCACGGACAUGUGCAUCCACGUCUGCAGACUUGGCUGUGACCGCCCCGUCAAGACCUUCCAAGGACACACAAACGAGGUGAAUGCCAUCAAAUGGGAUCCUUCUGGAAUGCUGCUAGCGUCCUGCUCUGACGACAUGACAUUAAAGAUCUGGAGUAUGAAGCAGGAUACGUGUGUCCACGACCUUCAGGCUCACAGCAAAGAGAUCUACACUAUCAAGUGGAGUCCCACGGGGCCGGCCACCAGCAACCCAAACUCCAACAUCAUGCUAGCAAGCGCUUCCUUCGAUUCUACGGUCCGACUGUGGGAUGUGGAGCGUGGCGUGUGUGUCCACACACUCACCAAACACCAGGAACCCGUGUACAGCGUAGCUUUUAGCCCCGAUGGGAAGUAUCUGGCCAGUGGCUCCUUUGACAAGUGUGUGCAUAUCUGGAAUACUCAGAGUGGAAGUCUCGUCCACAGCUACCGAGGCACCGGCGGCAUCUUCGAGGUGUGCUGGAAUGCCCGAGGGGACAAAGUGGGCGCCAGCGCGUCCGACGGCUCUGUGUGUGUUUUAGAUCUCCGAAAGUAAACACAAACUAUUCUAGAAAACAGUUCUAAUGGACCAGCAGUGAAUGUGUGACGUGGCCGUGCUCUCGUCAGACACCGUUCUAUCCGCUCCAAAACCGUACGAAUUUGACUUACAUUAGAGUGUGCUUGGAAAUCAGUUCAUCCCUGGCCAUGGGAGUCUCUCUCUUCUCGUAGUCUUCACCAAGAAGUUUAAACCAGAAACAUACACAGUCCUAUCAAAGGGGGAAGGAAUGGUUUCCACCCAGAACAUUCCGCCUGGGAAGCAUGAAGCCACCAGUAAACGCCACACGGUUUGGUUUCCAUCCAGAACAAGCUCUAAUGGCCGAAAGGAGAAAAGACGAAGAGGAAGGGGGGAAAAAAAGGAAGGAAAAAAAAAAAAACCUGUGCCAAAAAAGAAAAAGAAAAAUGCUGUGAUAAAACCAAACGUGGGGGAGGGGACUCUCCUCCGUGUGGUGGGUCUGCUUUUUCCCCCUGACAAUUUGGACACUGCAGUUGCUCUCACAAAGGAUGACCAGUUUGUACUGAUGAAAUGCGCAACUUUGUAAUCCCAACACUUUCUAUUUUCUAGA